GAUCCCGGGGCGGAUCCCGGGGCGGUGCCGGUGCCGCCAUGGCCGCGGUGCCGGUGCGGGGCCGGCGUGGGGCGCUCGGGCCGGGGGCAGCCGGGGAGCCGGAAUGCAAGCGGGUGUGCAGGCUGCUGGACACCCUUCCAGGGGAGGCUGCUGCCCAGCUCAUGGACUGUGCCAUGGACCUGGAUUCCAGGCAGAAACUCCUCCCUGGCUCUGCUCCCUGGGCUGCAAAGACAAAGCAGAAUUCCCUGGUUUUGGAAAACCAUGGGAGCAAAGGCAUUUCCCAGCCCUGCCCGAGAUGUGUUGCUGGAGAAUCUGGCCACUUCAGUCACAUCCUGGGCUUCUAGAAAAGGAGGGGAGCAGAGGAGCAGCUCUGCUGUCUCAUCUCCUGCUGGGAUCCCCGGGCUGCAGCUGCUCCUGGCUCCUGCCCUGCCUCUGCACCCCCACCCUGCCACAUUCCCUGCAACUCCUCACCUGCCCAAAACACCUCUGCUCCUCAGGGAACUCAGUUUGUCUGAAAAGGACAAAAAAGAGGCAGAUUUCAUGUUUGGAUACUUCAGAAUUCAUAUUAAAAGGACAAAAAAAGGCAGAUUUCAUAUUUAGUUCAGAAUUCAUUUUAAAAGGACAAGGAAAGGCAGAUUUCAUGUUUGGGUACCUCAGAAUUCAUUUCAAAAGGACAGAAAAAGGCAGAUUUCAUGUUUAGGUACUUCAGAAUUCCUAUUAAAAGGACAAAAAAAGGCAGAUUUCAUGUUUGGGUACUUCAGAAUUCAUUUUACAAGGACAAGAAAAAGCAGAUUGCAGGAUUAGCUCAGAAAUUGUCUAAAAAGGACAAGAAAAGGCAGAUUUCAUGUUUGGGUACCUCAGAAUUCAUUUCAAAGGGACAAAAAAGAGGCAGAUUUCAUAUUUAGUUCAGAAUUCAUUUUAAAAGGACAAGGAAAGGCAGAUUUCAUGUUUGGGUACUUCAGAAUUCAUUUUACAAGGACAAGAAAAGGCAGAUUGCAGGAUUAGCUCAGAAAUUGUCUAAAAAGGACAAGAAAAGGCAGAUUUCAUGUUUGGGUACCUCAGAAUUCAUUUUACAAGGACAAAAAAAGGCAGAUUUCAUAUUUAGGUACUUCAGAAUUCAUUUUAAAAGGACAAGAAAAGGCUGAUUUCAUGUUUGGGUACCUCAGAAUUCAUUUUAAAAGGACAAGAAAAGGCAGAUUGCAGGAUUAGCUCAGAAAUUGUCUAAAAAGGACAAGAAAAGGCAGAUUUCAUGUUUAGGUACCUCAGAAUUCAUAUUAAAAGGACAAAAAAAGGCAGAUUUCAUGUUUGGGUACUUCAGAAUUCAUAUUAAAAGGACAAAAAAAGCAGAUUUCAUGUUUGGGUACUUCAGAAUUCAUUUUACAAGGACAAGAAAAAGCAGAUUGCAGGAUUAGCUCAGAAAUUGUCUAAAAAGGACAAGAAAAGGCAGAUUUCAUGUUUGGGUACCUCAGAAUUCAUUUCAAAGGGACAAAAAAGAGGCAGAUUUCAUAUUUAGUUCAGAAUUCAUUUUAAAAGGACAAGGAAAGGCAGAUUUCAUGUUUGGGUACUUCAGAAUUCAUUUUACAAGGACAAGAAAAGGCAGAUUGCAGGAUUAGCUCAGAAGUUGUCUAAAAAGGACAAGGAAAGGCAGAUUUCAUGUUUGGGUACCUCAGAAUUCAUUUCAAAGGGACAAAAAAGAGGCAGAUUUCAUAUUUAGUUCAGAAUUCAUUUUAAAAGGACAAGGAAAGGCAGAUUUCAUAUUUAGGUACUUCAGAAUUCAUUUUAAAAGGACAAGAAAAGGCAGAUUUCAUAUUUAGUUGAGAAUUCAUUUUAAAAGGACAAAAAAGAGGCAGAUUUCAUGUUUAGGUACCUCAGAAUUCAUUUUACAAGGACAAGGAAAGGCAGAUUUCAUAUUUAGCUCAGAAUUGGCAAGAAAAGGCAGAUUUCAUGUUUAGAAAGAUCAGAAUUUGUUCAUAAAGGACAAGGAAAGGCAGAUUUCAUGUUUAAAAAGAUCAGAAUUUGUUCAUAAAGGACAAGAAAAGGCAGAUUUCAUAUUUAGCUCAGAUUUUUUUCAUAAAGGACAAGGAAAGGCAGAUUUCAUGUUUAGGUAGUUCAGAAUUUCUUCUGAAAGGACAAGGAAAGGCAGAUGUCAUGGUUAAAAAGAUCAGAAUUUGUUCAUAAAGGACAAGAAAAGGCAGAUUUCAUGUUUGGGUACCUCAAAAUUCAUAUUAAAAGGACAAGGAAAGUCAGAUUUCAUGUUUAGAUAGUUCAGAAUUUGUUCAUAAAGGACAAGGAAAGUCAGAUUUCAUGUUUAGAUAGUUCAGAAUUUGUUCAUAAAGGACAAGGAAAGGCAGAUUUCAUGUUUAAAAAGUUCAGAAUUUGUUCAUAAAGGACAAGGAAAGGCAGAUUUCAUGGUUAAAAAGUUCAGAAUUUGUUCAUAAAGGACAAGGAAAGGCAGAUUUCAUGGUUUAGCUGGUUAAAUUGGGCUGGCCUUGGUCCCAGGGCUCACCUGGGGCUGGGCCAGAGCUUGUGUUGGCUCCAGAGGUUCUCCCAGCAGCCCUGACCCCCUUGGAAAAUGCUCCUCUGGAAAAUCCUCCUUGUGCAGGGCCCUGGCAGGAAUGGGGGGACACAAAUUUUUGGUUUUAAGUGGCUUUGCAGCUGUGAAGUCCAGGAAAAAAUCCCACUGAAGCUUGCAUUUAAAUCCCCAAAAAAUCAGUUUAAAAAGGCUUGACCUGGUCCCCCAGCAGGCUUUUAUUGGCACAGAUCUAAUGGCAGGUUAAUUAACCUCUGAAAGGUUAAUUUUGGGGGUUGUCAGGCUGCAGAAUCUUCAGGCAAAGGUGUUUUGCAGUCCUUGGAUCCUUCCCACGUUGUGUGUGGAGUUGGAUGAGCGAUGAGUUGAGAUAUUCUCAUUAAAUAAAAUAAAUGAGGAUCACAUAAAUACUGAGGUUCAUUAAGUAAUACAUGGGGAAAUAAAUCUGAAAGCAGACCUGCACUUAAUUGGUGCUCAGGUUUUGGUUAAAAAAAUUAAGUUUCCUCCAAGCCAAUAAAAAUUUUGGUUAAAUUAAGAGUAAAUAUUUUCAAGUUAGUAUUUACAUACUUGGUACCAAGAUCUGGGGGUCAGAAUUUGUGGGGAAUUCAUUUUUACACCCCCCACCCUUGUCUUUUAAAAAUCCUGGUAAUCAAAGCAGUAUUUUAAAAUGAGGUUUUUUAGAUAAACAGCAGUUUCUGUGCUGCAAAA